UCCACUGUUUCCGGGUUACCAGAUUUAUGCUUUAAUUGUCAGUCUUGUUUCGGGCUUGUUGUUGAUUUCUCAACUGCACAAUGAAUCGGAUUUUCGGUAGGGGUAAACCGAAGGAUCCUCCUCCAAAUCUAUCGGACUGCAUUGGAAAUGUGGAGGCAAGGGCUGAAUCUAUUGACAAAAAGAUAGCCCGACUUGACACCGAGCUUGCGAAGUUCAAGGAUCAGAUGAAAAAGAUGAGAGAUGGUCCCGCCAAGAACAUGGUUAAACAGAAGGCUAUGAGAGUACUGAAACAGAAGCGAAUGUAUGAGGGCCAAAGAGACCAGCUUGGACAGCAGUCCUUUAAUAUGGAACAAGCCAACUACACCAUUCAGUCAUUGAAAGACACAAAAACAACAGUGGAUGCUAUGAAGAUUGGAGCAAAGGAAAUGAAAAAGGCCUAUAAGCAAGUGAGAAUGGAUGAAAUUGAGGACUUGCAGGACCAGCUGGAGGACAUGAUGGAGGAUGCCAGCGAGGUCCAGGAUGCCUUGAGCCGUAACUAUGGCAUGCCUGAGAUUGACGAGGAUGACCUAGAAGCAGAAUUGGAUGCUCUUGGAGAUGAAUUAUUGUUAGACGAUGACAGCUCGUACCUUGAUGAAGCCUCUUCAGCACCUUCCAUCCCAGAGGGAAUGCCAAGUGACAGCAAAACCAACAAGGAUGGUGUGCUGGUUGAUGAGUUUGGGCUCCCACAAAUCCCUGCUACGUAAAUGGUGUAUUAAUAAAUACAAACUGUGUACAUAUAUUUGUAGAGCAACAUUUGCAUGAUAAUUUGACUGGUAAUACUUAUGACACUUAUGACGUUUUAGUUUAGUUCCUACUGACAUGUGGCCUUAUAGGCCAGAUGUAUAUGAUACCUCCCUUUACCCUCUGCCCCAACACACCUUUUCAGUAUUGAUUUGACGUUUUUGUUGAGGAUGGAUUAAUCAUGUGCUCUGUUAAAUAAGAAUCGUGUUAAUUUCAAUUUCCCUGUAUAUUAUGGUGAUGACUUUUACAUUGAUGUUAUAAAAUGUACUUUUGAAAAUAA